AUCAAGCAAGUUCUAUAAACUAUUACAUUUUCAGUCGGUCAAUAUCAAUUGUUUAAAUUUAUUUUUGUCCACUUGCUAUUUAUUAGUUCUUAAAUGUAAGGAUGAACAUGUAUUGUCUUCCAAUUAUGCAUUUAAAGGCACAGCCAGGUUAACUCUAUCUGGGAUGUUCUCUCAGGUUACAUGAUCAAUGAUUAAUUGUUUUAAGGUGCUGGUAACCCAUCCAUGCUACAUGGGUGCUUGGUCUGAUAUGAACUCAUGUUUGGCACUUUGAUCUCUACAACCUUAAUAUGUUGAUGUAGUUAUUGACUCAAAAAUUAAUGGUAGUAAAACCACAAAAGCCAUAUCAAAAUGGUUAAAAGAAAAAAGGAAAAUAAUAGAGCAUCAAUGUCAUGUUGGCUACCUGCUUGUGGAGAAUGGGAACGAUGCCAUAUAUCAUAUGUUUUUCUUCCAUAUGAUGUGUGCAAACUCACAAUAUGACGAAAUUGACAGGAGGAAAAUGCAACAAAUAAUGCGUGAAAGCUUAGAAAAUGAGCAUUUAUAUUUCCACAAGAUGUGUACCAGCUCAAAAAAUGAGGACGCUUAAGUUGACACCAGUGUUAUAGUAUUUGAUGUGUGCUAGCUCAGAAAAUGAGGUCAUGAACGUUCAGUUGAUGCUCAACACAUAUCAGCAUAUUUGUAGCUAUAUGCAGGACAGAUAAGAAACAAGAUUGCAUGCUUGGUUGAGACAUUGUGCUUGUUAUUGGAAUGAUUAAUUGAGAGAUCGUUAAUCAUAAAGGACUGUCCAUGUUUAUUUUAUAGAAUUGGUGUGCCAUGGAAACUGAUUCCAAAAUUUUUGCUGUAGGUCCAGCUGCAUUUCGCCCACGAGCACAUGCUGCUGCUAUUUAUAUGCCGCUGGUUGAGAAGGGGCGACCUGUCUUACAAGGACUUUUGGCUAUUGAUUUCUUAGCAAAAGAGGUACUUGGUUGGGCUCAAGCAAUGCCCAAAUUUUCUGGUGAUCUUGUGAAGUAUGUACAAACUUUCCUUGAACGAACAUAUGAAAGAUGCCGGACUUCAUACAUGGAGGCAGUUCUGGAGAAGCAAAGUUAUAUGCUCAUUGGGAGGCAUGAUGUUGAGAACCUGAUGCGAGUUGAUCCGGCCAGUGCAUGCUUACCAAAUUCACUUGGCCUGGGUAACAUGGAAAUCAAUGCUUCUGAUGCUGAAUCUGUGGAGGUUGAGAUGGACAUGAGUGAGUUAUUGCUAAAUUUGCGUCCAAUCAAGCAGGAGAAUCUAAUCCGUGAUGAUAACAAACUUAUUUUGUUGGCAUCCCUAAGUGAUUCAUUGGAGUAUGUUGCAGAUUCAAUAGAAAGGCUCGGAAAGACAUCCACAAGAGCAUCUAAUCAAGGGGAAGAAAAUGACAUGCAGAAACCUCCUCAUCAUACUCGAACAAGAAGUACACCUAAGGACUUGGUAUCAUAUGCUGAAGAGUAUAGAAAACUGGCUAUUGACUGCUUGAAGGUUUUACGCAUAGAGAUGCAAUUGGAGACAAUUUUCCAUAUGCAGGAAAUGACGAGUAGGGAAUACUUGGAGGACCAAGAUGCAGAGGAGCCCGAUGAUUUUGUAAUUUCGUUAACUGCUCAGAUUACACGUCGGGAUGAGGAAAUGGCUCCUUUUGUUGCCGGAUCAAAGCGGAAUUAUAUAUUUGGUGGCAUAUGCAGUGUUGCAUCAAAUGCAUCAAUUAAGGCUUUGGCUGAUAUGAAAUCCAUCAACCUUUUUGGGGUUCAACAGAUAUGUCGGAAUUCAAUUGCAUUGGAACAGGCUCUGGCUGCUAUCCCAUCAAUUGACAGUGAAGCUGUACAGUUGAGGUUAGAUCGUGUUCGGACUUACUAUGAACUGUUAAAUAUGCCAUUUGAGGCAUUGCUUGCCUUUAUUACGGAGCAUGAACACUUGUUCACAGUUGCAGAGUACAAUAACCUUCUAAAAGUUCAGGUCCCUGGAAGGGAGAUUCCAAUUGAUGCACAGGACAGGGUUACAGAGAUCUUGUCCCAUUAG